AUGUACUGGCAAACAUGGCAUGUUCUAGCGGCCAUUGCAACAGUCGGGAGCUGUGCUUUGGCAAGCCCUUCCACUCCUUGGGUUGCGCAAGGCAAUGCCAGCAUUCGCUCUGCGCAGACGUUGGGAAUAAGAGAUAUGGAUACGUGUGAAUUCGACCCGUCGGACCUUUCUCACAUCACGACGCUGGCCGCCAUAGGUGACUCCUACUCGGCUGGAAUUGGAGCUGGAGACCGUCUUGGAAACAUCGGUCAAGCAUUCAGCACGGGUAGUGUCAUUGCCAACGUCCUCGACGACCAGAUCCCAAAGCCUAGCGAUGAUCAGCAAUUGAUUUUACUAUCAGCGGGUGGUAACGAUGCUGAGCUUUCUAAUGUUCUGAACCAGUGCAUCUAUCAAUGGACAGCGCUCAACCCCCUCAAGGUUGCAGCAGCUAAGGCCAAGGCUCUUUACAAUAAGCGGUAUGGCUGGCUAGCAAAGAAUGACUUUGAUAUAUUAGCCAGCGGUUGUGACAAGCAGCUGGCUCGCACGAAACGUGUAAUUAACGGAGAGGCCUUUGGCAGGCGCUUAGACUUCGUCAUUGCGGCGGCGAAGAGAAAGCUAGGGUCAAAUGGUAUGAUCUACUACACGGGUUAUGCUAAAAUUUGGGCCGAAGACCUAUCAACCGUAUGUGAUAGUGUUAGCUGGUCAACAUGGAACCAUGACGAUCCAGAGAUGUUGACGAGCGCUCAUCGCAAAAAGAUGAACGACCUUGUCGAUGAGGUCAAUAGUCAAAUUUCGGCUGCAGUCGACAGGGCUGGCUCUCAAGUCAAAUUUGUCAACUAUGACUCUUACGUAGGUUAUUUCAACGGUCGCUUUUGUGAAGCCGGCGUCGACGAGUCACCAUCGGAUAGCACGACAAGAGACGGUCUUAUGUUCUACGAGCUCAGCAAGGGAGAUCCCUUUGGCUCGAACCCUUACAAACGAAGCCAAGAUUACCCGGAGAAUGGCACUUUUGAGGGCUCUGUGAACCAGUACGCCGCGAUAACACUUCUGUUGGACCCAGACGGCAAACUCUCCCAACAGACCUCGGUCUCGGACGACACUCUUGCUGCCACCCUCACGGAGUCGAAGCUGUCCCUCACUGCCGCGUCUGCGAUCACCGAUUACAUCCCAAAUAUCCUACCAGACGGGUCAGAUGAAAACCCCUUACCGAUGGAUGCCGAACAAACAGAUUACGGGCGCGUGUUCCAUCCCCAUGUUACGCUACAUGAGCUCAUUGCCAACUUAGUCAUCUACGAGAUGACGAACAAGAACCAAGUGGACCAUGGAUACCCUGAAAUCCCAGAGCAGUUCACUUUGGACUCGUGCCCUUGGACCCCUGUCGAUGUCGUCGAUAACGACUCAGGUGAGAGUGCAGGUGGCCAGCAGAUCGCCUUGGCAUCGUACAUCAACCCGCUCGCGGACCCCGCUGCUUGGACGCGGAUGAUCGACUACACAUCUGACAAGGUGAGCGUUCUGGUAGCGAAUGUCCUCAAUGGACCGGACACCACGGUGAAUGAGGACUGGGAGAAAGUCAUCCUGCGGGCUAAUGCCGCGGGCAAACGUGUUCUCGGCUACAUGCGGACCGGGUAUCUGGGAGUCAGCAAUGAUCACUUCCAGACCCGGCUGGGCUCAGCCGACCUUGCCGACUGGGUCUUACAGAUCCAAACCGACAUCGACCUGUGGUACACGCUGUACCCCGGCAUGGUCGGCGGCAUCUUCUUCGAUGAGGGGUGGAAUCAGUGCGGAGACAAUAACAAGUACGCCGAGCUGUACCGAUUCAUCACUGAUUAUACGAAACGCAUGCACCCCGGCGCGUUUACCGUUCUCAACCCUGGGGCCACAAUGCCGCAGUGCUUUGAGCAUAGCGCGGAUACACUCAUGACUUUCGAAAAUAGCUAUGACACGUACGUGAACAACUACACGCCCAACCCCGAUUGGACACCAAGCGACCCGCGCGAGCUCUGGCAUAUCAUCUACAACGUCACGUCGGAUGAUGUGGCCAAGGUUGCGGCGCUGGCCCUCGAACGAGGGGCCGGAUUGAUCCACAUCACUGAUGACAACCUCCCGAAUCCAUACGAUACUCUUCCGAACGAUGACUACAUGCAGAUCAUCAUGAAGGCCCUUGACGGUGGCAAGCCUGCUGUUGCCGACCCCACCGCCUAUGAAACGAACGGCGCGUCUGCAUCUGCGCCCAUCUCUUUGGCCGUCACCACCACGGACUACUCUUCUGUGAGCCUCAGCUGGGGCGCCAGCUCCCCGGCCCCGUACGCGUACUCGAUCUACCAGAACGGCAAAGAGGUCGUCCGCCUCCCGGGCAGCAUGACCAAGGUGACGAUCGGCAACAUCGACCACGGGAUCUCCAUCUCCUUCACGGUGCGGGCGAUCGGGGCGGGCGGGAGCGUUUCCGCCGACUCGAACGAGGUGACGGCGACGACGCUGGAGAUGCCCAACAACCAGCCGGUCACGAACGUCAAGGCCGGGGUGACCGCAUCCAAGACCACGGUGAAGGCCGAUAUCCUCAUUCCCUACGCCUUCCAGCGCGUCUUCCUGACCGACCCGGACACCGCCUGCGCGAUGCCGGCGUGGCCCAUCAACUACAACCUCGGCAACUACAUCUGCACGCACUACAUGGUCGAGAACGGGGCGCUGUUUAAGUACACCGGCGCCGCGCUGGCCGCGGGCGAGACCAACUACCCGUGGGCGUGGACUACCAUCGACACCAUCGCCGAGCUCCCGAUCGGCUCGGACGCCAUCGACCCCAACUACUUCGUCGUCGACGCGCAGGGCUACGGCCCGCCCACCAAUGACGCGACGCUCAGCGCCGGCGCGUACUGCACGGGCAAGGCGCCGUACGACUGCAAGGGCGAGCCCCUCUGCAGCACGCUGAACGUCAAGUGGUGCGACAAGGCGGUCAACCAGAUGAACCGCGGCGUCACCGUCUACACCGCCAACCCGGAGGCGCUUGCCCUGUCCGGCAACUGCUGA